AUGAAGGAUGCGUUUGGAAAUUAUGUGGUGCAGAAAAUCUUCGAAAUUGGCGCAGAAACACAGAGACAUGAGUUGCGUCAGAUAAUUCAAACGGAAUUCAUGGAACUGAGCAUGCACAAAUAUGGAUGCCGUGUGCUUCAAGCGGUCUUCGAAAAAUCGGCAGUGCACCAGCAAAUUUUCAUCAUAACAUUGGUUUUUCCGGACGAUUUCGUCGAAUUGUCGAAGAAUGAUAAUGGCAAUCAUGUCAUGCAGCAAUUGUUUCGAUGCGAGCCUUUGAAUGUUAAGGACUAUCUGUUCGAUAAGGUCAAGAAUGACAUCUUUGAAUUGAGCUUAGAUCCGUAUGGGUCUCAUGUGAUCCAAUACAUUUUGGCUAAUGGAUCGCCGACCCAUCGCAGCGAAAUUUUCAAGUGCAUUUCUAGAAACGCCGAUAAAUUGUUAAAACUGAUUCAAGAUUGCUACGGGAAUUACGUGAUUCAGCACGCAGUUCAAUAUUGUGCGCAGACUGAUAAAGACAAUUUGAUGUGGUUCAUCGUAGAAGGCGUGACUGCAUUGGCUCAAGAUAAAUACGCUUCAAAUGUUGUCGAGAGAACUUUGAAGUAUGCGGCACCAGAUAUGAAGAAACAAGCACUGCGCAUCAUUUGCAAUCAAAGACCAGAUAUGGAUGCAUAUGCCAAUUUUGUGGUUCAGAAAUUGGUGGUUGAUUCCGAAGACGUAGUAAUGUUGGCAUAUCUGUACAGACGCAUUCGUCCGAAUUUGGGAGAGAUUAGACGUCAUACUGGUGGCCGCAAUAUUAUCGACAAGCUAGAACAAAAGCUCCGUCACGCCUAA